AUGGAUCCAAGUUUGGGCAGAUACCAACACUGGUAUGGUAUUUCGGGUUCAGAUAUUGAUUUUUAUAGAGUCGGCACUAAUCUGAAUGUAAAUGGAUUGAUAUUAGGCAAACUGGUUCAAGUUGUUGAUUUUAGUCGUGGUGCAACAUACAAGGCUAUCAAAGUUCCUGAUCUCAGCCCCAAUGAUGGGUUUUCAGACAUCAAAGAUCCAGAAUACAAACCAUCGUCGCCCAACGGAUGGACUAAUGGAACUGUCACUGAGGGUAACAACGCCAAGACUAUUGACUCUACAAAAAAACCGCCCGUUCCAGCAACCGGUGUUGAUGGUGUAUUCGAUAGCAAGUUCAAUCCCGCUGCUAAUGUUACCGAUCCAGACAACAUGCAAGCAGCUGCUGUCAAUCUGUUUUAUCUUGCUAACCUAAUGCACGAUAUCUCGUAUCAGUAUGGUUUCACCGAGGUUGCUGGCAAUUUCCAAAAUGACAACUUUGGAAAAGGUGGUAAGGGUAACGAUGCAGUCAAUAUCAAUGUCAUGGAGACUUCGGGUUCUGAAAAUGCUCUUUUUUUGACUCCACCUGAUGGUCAGCCUGGUAGAAUGGCAAUGUUUCGAUACACUUCUACUGAGCCCAAUCGCAAUCCUGGUCUUGACAGCCAAAUCGUUGUACACGAAUAUGGACACGGUAUUUCAAGUCGUUUGACUGGUGGGCCUGCAGCAACUGGGUGUUUGCUCGAAGGUGAGGCUAGAGGUAUGAGCGAGGGUUGGUCCGACCUAUUUGCCAUGAUCGUAACUGCCAAAGAAUCACACAAAGCCGACACUCCAAUUAUCUUGGGUGCAUAUAUUUCUGAUUCAUCCAGCGGUGUUCGCACUCAUCCUUUCACUACUGACAUGAAAGCCAAUCCCUUCACAUAUUCAGAUAUUGGAAAUAAUCAAGAAUCUUAUAUUGUUGGUGAAGUGUGGGCUUCUAUACUCUGGGAAGUCUACUGGAACUUGGUCACCAAGAACGGAUUCUCCACCAAUCUCCACGAUGCCAAGGGCAAGUUUGGUAACAUUGUUACUAUGCAGAAUAUGAUUGGUGGAUUUAUGCUUCAGCCAUGCAAGCCCACUUUCCUUAGUGCUCGUGAUGCUUUUAUUGCAUCUGAUGUUGCUCACUACAAUGGUGCCAACAAAUGCGAGAUCUGGAAAGGAUUUGCCAAACGCGGUCUGGGAGUCAAGGCUGCUAAUAGUACAAACGAUUUCUCAGUUCCUGAUGAAUGCGGUGGUGGUACUUCAUCGUCUAGCAGUGUUUCUAUUGCUACAACCACAGAAUCUACCACAGUAGAGUCUGCCACAACUGUUCAAGCUACCACAACUGUAUAA